AACAUAGUUGCAUAUGUAAAUAACAACAUCGCAGACUAACAUGAAAUAUGUUUAGAAUAUUAUCAAAAGUUUCGCGGCGGAAGUCUGAUUUUGUGUUUUAUUAAAGUUUUACCUACAUCUUAACAAAGUACUAAGGUUUACCAUGGAUGCGGCGGAGUAUCACUUUUGGUUGCAAAUCGAAAAACUAGUAGGACCAGUUCCGGAAAAUGUCAAAAUGCUUUUGCAGUUUUCCUGUUUUUGCAACUCGUCCAUCGCCGACCUAGACGAUGAGCUUAUUGACCAAAUUGAACAAGAAGCUAGGACGAUUCCGACGGUUUUGCGGAUUACUACAAACGAUGCGUUGAUGAAGAAGUAUUUUGGUGUCUACAGUCACACACCUAAUGAAUUUCGUUUUCGUUCGGGAGAACGGCGAAUGAUGAAAAACAUUGCCUACGCCGUUCGAAAAAAAGGCUUGGAUAGCUUCAUUCAGUCAUUACGAACGAUUCAGCAUCACACAGAGGCACGACCGGCAGUGAGUAUGCACUUGCAGAAUCACGAUCCGCAAACACUAAGGCAGCUACUUCGAGAAAAAGUUCUAAAUGCUGUAAAUAAUAAUCAUGCGGAAAUUUUACCCGAUUAUCUGAAAGUCAUUCAGGAUAAUUUAGACAUCCAAAUAGUUAACGAGCAAGGUUAUCCUGAUGCGUAUGUGUUCUGCCCAUUAUGUAGUACCAAGGCCAAACUGUCCAAAGAUCGCACCGGUAAUAUUAUUGUGUCCAACUACACCCUCCAUGUGCGCAAAUACCAUGGUUUCGGACCACUCAGUCAUGGUGUAAAGAGGAAAGUAGACGAUUACAGUACAUCCGAGUACAUCCCAGAACACAUGUUGGAUCCAAUUAUUAAGGAGGAACCAGACACCAGUGGCUAUGAACAAAGUUCUUCCAACCCGUACUAUCAGAUUUAGUAAAAUGUAAGGUAGCAUUAAACUAACUCGUAGCGUAAGGUCGUACGUGAAUUACAUUCCAUAUCACUUGUGAAUGGUUGAUGAGUGCAAUACGUUGAAAUAUUGUAUGUCUUUUACUUGAUUGUCUAAAGUUAAACGUAUGUCAUGGAAAAUAGUUCAAUAAAACUCGUAAAAAGCUAA